UUUUCCUUGUUUUCUCUUAACUAACUCCUUUCUCUCUCCACAGUUUCUCUGCUACAAAGUUGCUGCUUUUUCUAUAAUUCCCAAUUCUUCUCUCAGACUGGAUAACAGUAUGAAUUAUUUAUUUCUCUCAUUGAUUGAUGUGUGAAGAAGGUGUGUGAGAGAAAGAGAAAGGAGGUUGCUUGAGAGGUUUUUCUGGGGGGUUACGUUCUUGGAUGCACUUAGAAUCCUUUGAUUGCACGUGUGGCAUGCAACAGAGUCUCUUUCAGUUGAACUACAGCAUCUAUCAAAAUGGCCACUGGCAAAGGAAGAGGAGACAUGAGAAUCUUCGACACAUAUGAUGAACUUGCCACCGAUUUAGCUGAAUAUGUUGCGCAACUUUCAGAGAGUUCAGUCAGAGAACGAGGAUAUUUCACCAUUGCUUUAUCCGGAGGUUCUCUCAUUGGUUUGCUGGGGAAACUCUGUGAAGCUCCUUACAAUAAGACGGUUGAUUGGACAAAAUGGUAUGUACUCUGGGCCGAAGAGCGGGCAGUUUCGAAGAAUCACAGCUAUAGCAAUUACAAACUAGCAAAGGAUAGCUUUCUCUCAAAGGUAUCAAUCCUCAACAACCAUGUGUGCUCAAUCAAUGACAGCAAGACAGUGGAAGAUGUGGCAAUGCAGUAUGAAUUCACCAUCAGACAGCUUGUGAAGGCUCGUGUGCUCGGUGUCUCGGGUGUCAAUGACUGCCCCAAAUUCGAUCUCAUUCUGCUUUGCAUGGGCUCCGAUGGGCAUAUCGCCUUGCUGUACCCUCAUCACCCUGCUCUCAAGCUGAAGGAGGAUUGGAUCACCCACAUCACUGACUCCUCUGAGCCUCCGCCCGAGAGGAUCACAUUUACCCUCCCGGUGAUCAACUCGGCCUCCAACGUCGUCAUAUUGGCAACCGGAGAAGACAAGGCCAGGGCGGUGCAUCUCGCCAUUGACAAUGUAGGCCAAGAUUUUGAUGCUUCUUCUGUUCCUGCUAGAUUAGUUGAGCCAGUUGACGGCAAGUUAGUAUGGUUCAUGGACAUGGCAGCAGCAUCACAAGUAAUUGCAAAUGAAUGAGUGAUACCCUGCUUGUCCUCUUUUUGUGGAUUCUGAGAACAAAAAUAAAGCAGAAGUAGCUAAAUAAGAAUCUCCGGUUCUCGUGUU